AUGUUUGUCACCUUUGAGGCUGCCCAGGACCCCAGAUCGGACCCCGGACUGGACCCCAAACAGGGCCCGCGCAACCCAAAGCAGCCAAGACGAAGCGACCGCAUCGGCCGCCGGGGGAUAGCCCCGCGCGCCUGCGCUUCGUGUCGCCGGCGCAAAACGAAAUGCGACGGCAAGCAGCCCUGUGAGGCGUGCCAGUGGUACAAGAAGCCGGAACUGUGCUACUAUCUCCACCGCCCCUCGCCUGCUUCACAACGGGAACCGGCAGUGGCACCGUCCCACUAUCAAGAUGCCCUGGGGAGACUCUUUCCCGAUACUGCCCCCGAGACCCUUGUCAAUCUCUCCAGGGAGGAGAUGCUGGACCUGGUAGUUUCCCAGCAGCGAGGUUCGCCCGCCACUGCGGCCUCAAUUGGGACGCACGCCUCGGCGUUGUCAAUUAAACGCCCCGACUUGGAGGGUCUGCAUUCGAUGCCCGGUGAAGUUGAUCAGCCGGAUCAUAGCCAGAGUGUCCGGGUCGCUGACCCAUCAGCGCCCAUAUCGGACGACGUCAACGCGCUGUCGCUCACGACUCGACAUUCCACUUCUUACCUGGGGGUCUCGUCUAUCCAGGCCGCUCUGAAAGUGAUUGCGUGGCUCCAUCCGGAAUUUGAGACUCAUUUUACCCGCACGUUGUCCAAGGAUAACGACGCUCCCCAGUUAGUAUCCGACUCGCAGCGUGCGAGUCCUCCGACAGAAAUGGAAAUGCUGGAUGCAUACUUUCUAAAUUUCCACCCAUUCGCGCCUCUUUUGGACGAAGCAGUCUUUCGCGGCACCUUGAUGGCAGGCAGCCGCAAGGACGACCAAUGGCUGGCAUUACUCAAUAUUGUUCUAUCAUUAGGCAGCAUUGCAGCUGCAGGCGCAGAGGACCAGACCCACCGGCUGUAUUUUGAACGCUCCAUGAGCCGGUUGAACGUGUAUUCCCUCGGCAGUUCUAGCCUCGAGGUCGUCCAGGCCCUCGGGCUGAUCGGUGGCUGGUAUUGCCACUACAUCAGCCAGCCAAAUCUCGGAUACUCUCUGAUGGGCGCUUCGCUGCGAAUGGCAGUAACGCUGGGUUUACAGCGCGAGCCGUGUAUCCCCAACCACUUUGCAGUCGAGCCCACGAGUCUGGUAUCUCAGGAACUCAGACGCCGUAUCUGGUGGUCCCUUUCCUGCCUGGAAACCUGGGGGCAUGAGACGCUCGGCCGGCCCAACAUGGACUGCUUUGGCCCAAGCAUUACCGUGAACCGCCCUCGUAUUCUGGACCAGGAAAGCUAUCUCCGCAUCCUUCCCCUGACCGAAAACAUCCAAUAUGCAAAGAUCUCCUCAAAGAUCCAGGAGUCUCUCGCAGCGCUCCCGACCCUCACGCCCACAGAGAUGUGUGAUCUGGACUCUCAGUUGUUACAAUGGUGGGAGAAUCUACCACCGAUCCUCAAGUAUCACCAACCCUGCCCCCACUCAGUUUAUGCCGUUCGUACAGUUAUGCGAUGGCGAUUCUAUAAUCAGCGUAUCCUGCUUCAUCGCCCUAUUCUUCUAAACUUUGCGAUGCGCCGAGUACCUUUCAACGCCGUCCGAGUGGAGGAGCGAGGCGCCAUUGAGAAAUGCCACGACAAUGCCGAGGCACUGAUCCGAGAUAUCUCGGGAAUAACAGAGCUCAACCAACUAAUCGGCUGGAACGGUGUCUGGCUAUUAUUCCAGGCCGCCAUGGUCCCACUGAUACUUCUGUCCACCAGUCCCGCAGACGACGAUUCCCCUGGGUCCUUUGACACUUGCAAAGCGCUGGUCGAGGCUGCUAUACUGACACUUGGCCGCAUGCGACCUUACAGUCGAACAGCAGAAGCCUCCCUGCACGUCGUAACGCACUUUUUCGAAGCCAUCUUGCACGGCCCCGAUCAGUCGUCCGGUGUGCUCAAUAGCAACAAUGCUUCAAUAGAGCCCUUUCCUCCCUUGGACCCCACAAAUAGCCGUGAUGGGGCUACUGCUGCAUUCUUUGAUGAUUUCUGGCCGCAGCACGUGGUCGACUACUUGAGCUGGGAUGCUAACAACCUUUGGCCGGAGUUGCCGAACCUCAAUCCUCAAAGCAGUGAGGCGUUAUCCCUCUUCAACCCAGCGGCCGAAGACAUUUAA